AUGCCAGAUAGAGUUAGCGUCUAUGUUAGAGUAGCUCCUAGGGAUGAAAGUCGUAGACACAGAGCAAUUUGUAAAGUAAUUAAUACAGACAGUAUAUUACUGUCAUCUAAUCCAAAACGUCAGACCACAUUUAUUAGGAGUUCAUUUGAGAAUAAAGAAGAGAAGAUAUUUAAAUUUGAUAAAUGCUUUGAUGAAGGUUUUGGUAAGAUAAACUCUCAAAGUGAAUUUUAUAAAGGUUCUAUAAAUCAUUUUGUCAAGGAUGCAUUAAAUGGUUAUAAUUGCUGUAUACUUGCCUAUGGACAAACAGGUAGUGGGAAGACAUAUACCAUGAUGGGUGAAUCUAAGAAUGAUACUAGAGGUGUAAUACCAAGAUUUUGUGAAGAUUUAUUCCACGAAAUUGAAAGUAUUAAAAUUAAGGAUAGUAGCGAUUUGUCUCAGAGAAGUGAAUAUAAAGUAGUUUGUUCAAUAUUUGAAAUUUAUAAUGAACAGAUAAUUGACUUAUUAGAGAUGAAUGAAGUCCAAUCUUGUUCAAAAUACCGUGUAAGGGAGAACAGAGAUAGAAGCAUGUAUAUUGAGAAUAUCACUGAAAUUGAAGUUAGUAAUAUUGAUCAAAUGAUCAAAUGUGUCAAGAUGGGAUUUAGAAAUAGAACUACUAGAUCGACUAAUAUGAAUGUAAAUUCAAGUAGAUCGCAUGCAAUUGUUUCGAUUACCAUAAAACGAACAGACAUUGAUUUAAAUACCAAUAGUUCAAUAAUAUCUGACUCAAUUUGUAGAUUUGUUGAUUUAGCAGGAAGUGAAAGGUCUACUGCCACUCAGAAUUGUCAUAAUGAUAGAUUAAAAGAAGGAAACAGCAUCAAUAAAUCUUUAAGUACACUAAGAAGAGUUUUGACAAGUUUGAAGAAAAGAGAAGAACUGAAAUAUAAUAGUAAUAGUAAUAGUUCUGCACAUAAUAUAGUUGUACCAUUUCGAGAAUCACUAUUAACAUGGAUUUUAAAAGAUAAUUUAGGUGGUAAUAGUAAAACGUGUAUUAUAGCGUGUAUUUCACCAACUAAUUUUGAAGAAUCUGCGUCUACCUUAAGAUAUGCAGACAUUGCUCAAACGAUUAAAACCAAUUCAAUAAUUAAUACAUAUUCUAAUACAACAUUAUUAGAUAAUUUACAAAAACAAUUAAGAAUAAUGGAGAUUGAAGUUAAUAAAUUGCAAAAAGAUCAAAAUUCAUCAUUAGAAUUACAGUACAUCCUAAAUAAUCUUAAACUUGAGAAUAAAUUUUUGGAGAAAAAUUUCAUUAAUAGGGCAAAUUUAUCAUCAGAAAUGAGAAAGUUAUUAAUUGAUAGUGAGAUCAAAAAAUUUCAAUUAAUGAAAGUUAUCCUUGCAAUUGAAAUUAAACUAAAAGAUCCUAAAAAGAUCGAUGCAAAAUUAAUUGGUAGAUUAGAACAAUUAAAAUUAAAUGACGCUAAAUUAUAUAAUAACUUUGUAUUGAACAAGGAUAAAUUCGAAGCUACAGUAGAUAUUUAUAAAUAA